CUUAAACUAACAGUGAAUGAACGCCGUCGUAAACUAUGGAAACGUUUAAGGUGUAAUAAGAAAAAACGAACCAUGAAAUUAAGGGUGCUUUAUUUAAACUGUAGGAAAAACGUUGGAUAUGUUAGAAGGUUCCAAGGAAGUUGGUGUCAGCUAAAAGUAGCCCAUAUGUCAUCAGUGAAACCAAAACCAGUGGAGGUCAUUGAUUUGACUGAAGACACAACGACAAAUGAACCCCCACCUCCCCAGAUAAACAAGGGGAAGUUUGUGAAUUACAAGUCUCCCCAUCACACUGACAAUGGACCAACCAAUGGAGGAUUUGGUAACAGAGUAAAUGCAGUUGAAAAUUCAAAUAUCAACACUAUGUUUAGACCUUUGCCAACUCUGAAACAAGCAGGGCAAGUUGUGAGACAUUUCAAGAGAGUCAAUAAACCUGUGCAAACUCUGGGAGAGGGACCUAUUGCACCAGGAUGUAAACAAAACACAGAAGCACAGUCAAUGAGAGAGAGGAGUCUUACAGAAAAUCCUCAACUGAAAAGAUCUCGUACUGAGCAAUCAUUUGAACCAGGUUCUUGUUUUGGUAAGAGGGAAUGGGAGUUAACUCCCUUUGGAAAGGAAUAUCAAGAAAAGAGCCAAGAGGGGCUUCCCUUCUCUCUCAUGUCGUACAACGUGCUGGCUCAGGACCUUCUCUAUGAUAACCAGUACCUCUACAGAAACCAUCCAGAGCAGGUUCUGGAUUGGGAAUUCCGCAAACAGAAACUGUUACAGGAAUUUAAUGACCACCGACCUGAUGUUUUAUGCUUGCAAGAGGUUCAGAAAAGCCAUUUAGAAGAGUUUUACAGACCACAGCUGAAGGCAUUAGGAUAUGAGUGCGAGUUCCUACAGAGAACAAGUGGAAAAGUGGAUGGCUGUGCAACAUUUUACAAGCGGGGAAAGUUUCGCAUGGAGGAGGUCAGACAUGUUCAUUAUUUCCAAGUAGGUUCCCCACUUACAAACCGUGACAAUGUAGGUCUCAUUCUGAAACUUGCUCCUCUAAAUGGACAAGAAGGAGUCUGUGUUGCUAAUACUCAUCUGCUCUACAACCCAAAACGAGGGGAUAUUAAACUUCUACAGCUGGUGAAACUCCUAGCUGAACUGGAUCACAUGGUUCCAGAUUUUCAAACUGUUCCCAUCAUUUUGUGUGGCGAUUUCAAUGCCCGUCCUCAUAGCUUCAUGUACAAAUUCAUUUCCCAGGGCUACCUGAGAUACCAUGGACUACCUUUAGAAGACAUAUCAGCGCAGCGGUUUGGAGGUGGAAGAAAGUUACUGAAUACAGGUCUGAUCCCCUCAAACUUAACCAUUUCAGAUCAGUGUCAUUACCUGGAGGAUCAUCAUGUAGAAAAGCUGAGGAAAAGCCCCGUGUUACAAGGACAAUUCUACAGCUACCAAAGUUCACCGUACCAUCAUUUUCAUUUUCCCAGUGUUUCACAAAACUCAGGCUUUCUGUGGCAUAGGUUUCAUCUAGUCUCCACAUACUCACAUUUCAUAGAAAGAACUGGGGAACCAGAGGUGACCACACAGUCCAGUGCUUCUGAUAGCUCCGUGGUAGACUAUGUGUUUUAUUCUGUGUUAGGAAGAGAAUGCAAGUCCAGGAGGGGAAAUUUCAACAAUAGGAACAUUAUUGAGGGAAGGAUAAAAUUGCUAGGACGUUUGGGACUACUGUCAAAGAAAGAAAUAAGUGCAGCUGGAAAUUUGCCAAAUUAUCAAAAUCCAUCCGAUCAUAUGCCAUUAAUGGUGAAAUUUCUCUUAACAUGAUGUCAUGCCAGUAUUACCUGUAAAUACUGAAUCUCAAACAGAACAAGGGCAUUAUUGUAUAAAUGUUCAGGAUUUGAUUAUUGGGAAGUUGAAAAUUCCUUACAUUGUUUAUACCAGUAGUUGAUUGGAAAAUGAAAAACUUUGAGGAUGCCUGUGGUGUAAAUGUGAAUUCAAGCUGUUAUUGAGCAUCAUUACAAUAUACCAAAGAAUAGCUUAGAUUAAUUGAAUUAAAGUUUUUUAAAACUUGA